CCCACGGCUUUCCUCGCCGCUGUGGGAAAUACCGGCGACGAUGUCGCUUUUAAGGAAUGCAGUCCUAGGAAGCCCAAUUCGAACCGCAGUUCGCAGGAGGUUUGCUAGGCCUGCAGUGCAUAUCUGCCCUCAGCAAGCGUAUGCACCGGUGCAGUCUCGGAGAUCAGUAUCCACAACGACACAGAAACAGGCAAUAGUUCUCACCGGAACACAACCUGCGUCGACAUACAAAGCACAAGGAACAGCUCCUUUGACAGGCCACCAGACAACAAAUGGCUACCGACUAUGGCUCCGUGACGCCUGCUCCUGCAUCCUCUGCGUCGACCCAUCAACAAGACAGAAGGUCUUUGAAACACCCAAGAUCCCAGCCAACAUCUCCUACAAAAGCGUAACAGAGAGCAAAGAUGGCAAAUCCAUCUCCGUGACCUGGAACAAUGACAUCCCCGGAUUCGGACCUGAACAUACAUCCACGUACGAAAAGAAGGAGCUAGAGCGAUACGAUAACAACCCCGUAGCGGUCGAGAGCCUUCAAGCAAACGAAGCAGACACAUACAAGAUCUGGAACCGAGACCAGGUCACUGAGAAAAUUCAAUUCAUCGACUACGACAAGUCCAUGGAAGACGACAAGACCCUCUUCGAAGUCCUGGAGCAGCUGCGACUCUACGGUCUGGUGUUCAUCAAGAACGUCCCCGGCGAGAACGGGCCCGCCGCGAUGGGGAAGCGGAUCGGCAGACUGCGAGAUACGUUCUAUGGCGAGACGUGGGACGUCAAGUCCGUCCCGCAAGCUAAGAACGUCGCCUACACUCACCAAUUCCUCGGCUUCCAUAUGGACCUCCUAUACAUGGCCGACCCGCCCGGAUUCCAGCUACUGCACUGUAUUAAGAACAGCUGCGAGGGUGGGGAAUCUAUGUUCACCGAUGCCUUCUACGCCGUUAACGAGCUGCAAUCGAGCCAUCCCGCCGAAACAAGCGUAUUAGCAGAGUUCCCCGUCAACUACCAUUACAAGAACGCCGGGGAACACUAUCGCCACUCCCACCCCACCAUCAUCUACGACACCACCGCGCACGCCACUCGCGCUCCCCGCCCCCUAAAAUACGUAAACUACUCCCCCCCCUUCCAAGGCCCCUUCAACCUCGCGAACGGGACGUCCGACAGGACAUCCCUGGCGCGUCUGGCGAAGUACCAUGAGAUGGUGGGGAAGUUCCAGGAGAUCACGGAGAGGGAGGAGAACAUAUAUAAGUAUAAGAUGGGGGAGGGGGAGAUGGUGAUUUUUAACAAUAGGAGGGUGUUGCAUGCGAGGACGGCGUUUGAUGUUAGGGAGGGGGAGAGGUGGUUGAAGGGGGGGUAUAUUGAUACGGAUGUUGUGUUGAGUAGGCAUAGGGUUUUGAGGGAGGAGUUUGAGGGGUAAAUGUGGUUAGAAAAGCCGUCCAAGGGGUGG